AUGCAUCUCGCCGACGGAGCUCCGCAGGUCAACGGAACGGGUCAGACCGAGUAUGGAAAAAAUGUAGUCGAGGGGCUGAAGAGGGAAGAACAGAUCGAGGAGUCUUCAGUGAAGAAGCUAUCAAAAGAACACGAUCUGGUUUUGAAGACAUUCCGUCUGCUAAUUGCAGAUCUAUGCCAACAAUUCAAGGGAGGCCACCCUGGCGGUGCCAUUGGCAUGGCAGCAAUCGGUGUUGCGUUGUGGAAAUAUGUCAUGCAUUACGCACCCCACACUCCAACGUACUUCAAUCGUGAUCGAUUCGUCCUGUCGAACGGACACACGUGCUUGUUCCAAUACUCGUUCCUGCAUCUUACAGGCUACAAAGCCAUGACGUUCGACCAAUUAAAGUCAUACCACUCGGACCGCGUCGAUGCCUUGUGCCCCGGACACCCGGAGAUCGAACAUGAAGGUGUCGAAGUUACGACUGGGCCACUCGGCCAAGGCGUUGCAAACGCUGUCGGUCUUGCCAUGGCGACGAAGAACCUUCAGGCCACCUACAACAAGCCUGACUUCGACAUCGUAUCGAACCACACAUGGUGUAUGACGGGCGAUGCCUGCCUUCAAGAAGGCGUCGCGCUCGAGGCGAUCUCUUUGGCUGGUCACCACAAACUGAACAACUUGACCGUCAUCUACGACAAUAACCAGAUUACUUGUGAUGGCAGUGUUGACUUGACAAACACAGAAGACGUGAAUGGCAAAAUGAGGGCUUGUGGCUGGGAUGUGAUUGAUAUCGAGGACGGCUGCUUCGACAUCAAGGGUUUGGUAGAAGCGUUGUACAAGGCACGUGCGUCGACGACUAAACCUACUUUCAUCAAUGUCCGGACGGUGAUCGGUCUCGGAAGUGCUGUUGCCGGCAAUGCUGUGGCGCAUGGAGCCGCUUUCGGUGACGCCGAUGUUGCCAACAUGAAGAAGAUGUACGGCUUCGAUGCUAGUCAGCACUUUGUCAUCGGCGAGGAAGUGCGCAAGUUCUUCGGAGAUGCCCCAGCAAGAGGCGAAGAGCUCGUACGAUCGUGGGAGAAGAAGGUGCAAGCAUACGAAGAGAAAUACCCUGAGCUCGGCGCAGACUUCCGCAGGCGUGUUGACGGUCGCCUGCCCGAGAAGUGGAAAGACCUCAUUCCGGCCAAGGACGCUUUCCCAGAUAAGGCCACAGCUACCCGAGCAUCCUCCGGCCUCGUCUUCAACCCCAUUGCACAGGCAUGCAACAAUUUCAUGGUUGGCACGGCUGAUCUUUCGCCCUCGGUCAACAUGAUCUGGAAGGGCAAAGUUGAUUUCCAAAACCCCGAUUUGAAGACGACGUGCGGCAUAACGGGCAACUACAGCGGCCGGUAUGUUCACUACGGUGUACGUGAACAUGCCAUGGCUGCCGUGAGCAAUGGCUUAGCUGCGUUUGCGCCUAAUACCUUUGUUCCAAUCACCUCUUCUUUCUUCAUGUUUUACCUGUACGCGGCCCCAGCAGUCCGCAUGGGUGCGCUGCAGCACUUGCAGGUUAUUCACGUAGCAACGCACGAUUCCAUCGGAAUGGGUGAGGACGGUCCAACCCACCAACCGAUCGAGCUGGCCAACCUUUACAGAGCCAUGCCUAACCUCCUCUAUAUCCGACCCGGUGACAGUGAGGAGACAGCUGGGGCGUGGAUAACUGCCAUCGAGGCGAAGCAUACAUCGACUAUCAUUUCCACGUCCCGACACACACUGCCACAGCAGCCGCAGACAAGAAGAGACGGCGUAGCACUUGGCGCGUACGUCCUGGAAGAGACCGAGGAUGCGGAUGUUACACUUAUAGGUGUCGGUGCGGAGCUUUGCUUUGCAGUGGACGUGGCGAAGGAGCUCAAGGCCAAAAACAUCAAGGCACGCGUCAUCAGUUUUCCUUGUUGGAGACUGUUCGAAGGCCAGUCGCUCGAGUACAAGCGUGACACACUGAGGAAGCACCGUAUUCCUGCUGUCGUCAUUGAGCCGUACGCGCCCAACGGCUGGGAGCGGUACGCGAAUGCUGCCAUCUGUGUGAAGCGUUUCGGUCACAGCCUACCGGGCAAGGCGGCCUACAAAUUCUUCGGAUUUGAGGUCGGCGCCAUGACGACCAAGGUCAGCGAAUAUCUUGAAAAGAUCAAGGCGGACGAUGUCCUUCGCCAUGAGUUUGUUGAGCUAUGA